AUGUCAAUAAAGGAAGGUGUAACAGAAAUGGGCGAAGUCUCAUGCCAGUGGAACUUUGUUAAUGUUAUUAGCCAUCCGAGAGAGCUCAAACAAGCAGCAAAUAUCUCUACCAUUCGGCGCACAGCUAUGCGAGCUAUUCACCGGAUCAAAAGACAAAAUGAAGCCAAUCAAACGCUGGCACAAACAAAAGUAGCCGCUGCAUCACGCUUGGAUCCAGAAAAGGAUGAUGCAGAGUCACAGCAUGAUAGCACCUUACUUUCGAGUCCACAGGAAGAACCGAACCCGUCUCGCGCCAUGCUUGUUGUCCCCACUCGCGUUGAUGUGGGAUUAUGUUACCCUGCGCAUGUGGAAUAUCCCAACCAAGAAUAUUUGUUAAAUCACUUACAUCUCGAUAUGAUCUACAAAAGGCAACCUAGUAGAUUGACCCUUCAGUUUGGAAUUGAGGCCGCAAGACUAAUGAGCUUACGAUUGGAUUCGAGAGACUUACAUCUCAAAGAUACGACUAUUGCUGCUGUUGUCAUGAUGCUGGCAAACCAGAUAUUGUCUGGCGAUGUCGUGGAAAUGGUGAUGCAUUUGAAUGCUUUGGAGAGAAUGAUCGAAAUGAAAGGGGGAUUAGACAUGUUAGGAAUGGACGGAGUUCUGCAAAUGUCUCUCAAGUGGUCCUCAACCCUUACUGUUUGUUUAAAUAAUCUUUCUAACUAUAUACUCAGGGUCGAUGUACCAAUUGCCAUGUUCCAGGACAACAGACCUCGAUCUCUACGGUCAGCGUCAAUAAUGUGUUUAGAAGAUUUAAUUACCAGUAAUCCAUCUGCAACCGUCUUCCCCUCCUCCUUCGAUCUACAAAAACUUUCGCAAACGGAUAUCGCCACGGGGCUAUCCCAUCUUCGCAAAGAGAUCAAAAAUCUUACCGAGACGAGGUCCCGCCUCAUGGCCCAUCCGUUUCAUACCUCGACCACCGAAAGCAUGAAAUUUGCAGCUAGACGAAGGAUUAUUGAGCAGAUGCUUCUUUUAGCUGGUCGAGGGUUUUCUAUGAUGCAUGGACCAGACAAAGAUGCACGCCUACGAGAAGCGAGCUGUAUUGCGGGCAGUAUAUAUGUUAGGACUGUGCUGCAGGGUUUCCAGGCCAGACCCUCUGUCGGACAGAAAAAUCUGACCAGGCGACUAAUGACUUGUGUGGAGCGCUUCGAACUAGAAGAUCGGGGUAAGACUGGUGCGGAAUCAACUUCUAUUGCUGCGCUUUUCUGGGCCCUAAAUGUUGGUGGCACAGUGAGUUUAGACCUAGAGGAAAGGACAUGGUUCAUCUUGCAUUUGAGCAGGGUAGUUAAACAACUUGGAUUGCGUAGCUGGGGGCAGGGCUUAUCAAUCCUGAACUGCUUCCUUUGGGAGGAGAAACUGGAGACUGAGGCUUGGAAAAGCAUCUCCGCUGAUGUACAAGAAUUCAUUGUAAAGGGUUAA